UUGCUCUGUCGUCGUCAGCGGUGCAGAGAGUCGCGUCUGUCUGGAUAACGCGCCACUAUAUUCUGGAUUAUCACGAUAUCCAAAGAAACUGCGGCAUUUUAAAACAACAGAGCAAAUGGACCUGCUGCCUGACAUUUGGAAACAAGACUACUGGCUUCCUCCUGGUGUCACAUGGGAAGACAUGGACAAGCUUUCUGACUCCAGCCGACCACAGCCUCUGGAUCUUCUCAUGAGUCUGCCACUCGCUCUGGGAUUUCUGGUGCUCAGAUGCAUGUUUGAGAGGUGCUGCGCCCCGCCCAUGGGCAGAUGUUUGGGGGUGAAGAAUAGACCUGUGAGGGCUGUGGCCCCCUCCCCAAAGCUGGAGUCCUUUUACACUGGGCAGAGCAGGCAUCCCACGCAGAGUCAAAUAGCCAGUUUAAUGGAACUCAGUGGAAAAAGCCAGCGACAGAUUGAGACCUGGUUCCGACUGCGCAGGUCUCAAGACCGACCCUCGCAGACCAAGAAGUUCAGUGAAGCAGCGUGGAGGUUUUUCUUCUACCUCACGUCCUUCAUGGGCGGACUCCUGUGUUUGAUUGACAGGCCCUGGUUCUGGGACCUGCGGGAGUGUUGGAGACAGUAUCCAGUUCAGCCCGUGGAGCGAGCGCAUUACUGGUACUACAUGCUGGAGCUGGGCUUCUACGGCUCCCUGCUGCUGCGCAUCUCUGUCGAUGUCAAGAGGAAGGAUUUUAAAGAGCAGGUGAUUCACCACUUGGCCACCAUGUUCCUGCUGAGCUUCUCCUACUGUGCCAACUACAUCCGGGUGGGCACGUUAGUCAUGCUUCUGCACGACGUCUCCGACAUCCUCCUGGAGUCUGCGAAGAUGCUAAACUACGGCACCGGCUGGAGGAAAGUGUGUGACGCCUUGUUCGUUGUGUUUGCUGUGGUUUUCCUCGUGACCCGCCUGGUGAUAUUCCCCUGCAAAAUCAUCCACACCACCCUGGUGCUGUCCAUGGAGACCUUCCAGCCUUUUUUUGGCUACUACUUCUUUAACGUCUUGUUGAUGAUCCUGCAAGCGCUGCACGUGUUCUGGGCCACUUUGAUCCUGCGCAUGGUGUCGAAAUUCCUGAAAGGAGAGAUGGACAAAGAUGAGCGGAGUGAUGAGGAGAGCGAGCCUGAAGAGCCUAUAGAAGAUGGAAGUACGGAGGGAGACGGAGGCCACAGCUGGAAGAGGAAUAAAGACUCCAUGAACAACAAACUGUCCAUGCUGACCAACAACUGUGUCCUGAAUAAUCUGACCAACCACCGAGCCACCGUCGCCGAGAGGAUGCGGAAAGCUCAGUGAUGACUACCUUCAAAACAAAACAAAAGACUCUAAAGUUGGAAGAGCUUUGGGAGGCUGCUGCUGUACUUGCUAAAAGUGUCCACCACAUUUACAAUCUCUAUAUUUUAGGUAGGUUUAUGAUUUAAGAAAGUCACUGCAGUUGUGUUUACAAUACUUGACAGUAGUUUAUUGCAGCCUAUAUUGUGUAUCACAAGUGCAAAAUGUAAUAAAGUGCCAGACAAAGAUGACAAAUAAUCGAACGUAAAUGUUUUGUU